AUGCAAGUUCCGGCCGCUCACCGGCGUCUCAUCAGACGUCGGCUCCUCGCGCAGUGCUCGACGCCAUCUCCGCCAAGGGAGAUGAAGAAGAAGAAACCCAAAAGCUCUCCCCCCCGUAAGGCGCCUCCGAGGGCUGCUCCGGCGAACUCGGCGUCUCCUCCGGCAAAAUCAAACCCAUCCAAAAUUGACGGCGAAGACAAGCUCUUACCGGCUGCCGUGGAAGUUUCUGAUGCUCAAUUUGGCCCUGUCAAUGCGAUUGCUCAACUUCCCCUCUGCCAAUCAGAUCUGGUCUCGCAGGAGGAAACCCCUCCUCUCUCCCCUAAGAUAGUGAUCGCUGAGGAAUCAGCGGAUCCAUCUUCAUCACAUGACGAAGAACACGUCAAGAUCUCCGCAGGAAGCCUAGAGAUUCCUACGUUGAGCUCCCCUGUAACCUCACAAACAGAGGCAGUAACCAGCGAUGGUGCAGCUUCUGCUGAGGGGCUACUUUGUGAAGCUGGUGCUGCUGAUGCCAAUGUACCCCACUUGAGCUCGCAGACAGCUACUGAUGUUUUACCUUCUCCUACCUCUGUUGCUAAGCCUACUCCAGUGGAAAAUGUUUCAAAAGUGGUUGAUAAAACGCCUAUAGUUGAAGUGGUUAGUGAAGAUGGCGCCGUAUCUCAAGCCCCAACAGAAGGCUAUCUUUCUACAGAUGUCUCUCCAGAUCCUAAAGGACCACUCCCUGCUCCUAAGCUGUCACCCCCAACUCCAGCUCCUGUAACGGACACUUGGUGUGAUCGAGCUAAAGGUAAACUUCUGUCCAGGAAAGGCGAAGCUUUCACUCUCCCCUCCGGUGAAGCCUGUGUCAAGAUCCCCAAUUCUGUCAUCGAGAAGAACAGGAAAUCAUGGGAGCCUUUUGUGCUUGGACAAUUCUAUUCUGAUCCUCCUACACAAGGCACCCUCCACAACAUUGUAAAUGGUAUUUGGAGUAACCAAUACCGUGAUAUAGCUGUCUCUAAAAUGGAGGGUUUUGCCUUCUUAUUCAGAAUUCCAAACGCAGCGACUAGAGCAAGGGUGAUUAAGCAGAAGCUUUGGCAAAUUGAGGGUCAGACCAUGUUUGUGGACAAAUGGGAACCGGGUGUAGUGCCUACUAAGCCUGAGCUUACAUCUGCUCCGAUUUGGCUUGAAUUGAGAAAGGUACCUCUCCAGUUCUUCAAUGAGGACGGACUGGAACGCAUAGCGGGUUUGGUGGGUCAACCUCGAUUCCUACAUCCUACGACAGCCAACAAAACUAACCUUGAGGUUGCGAAGGUCUUCACUAUCAUCGACCCGAGGAAACCACUUCCAGAGGCAGUCAACGUUCAGUUCGACUCAGGGGAAAUUAGCAGAGUGCUAGUCUCGAGCCCGUGGAUGCCUCCAGUGUGCGAACUAUGCAAAGAGAUCGGUCAUAUAGCGAAGAGAUGCCCAACUGCUCCCAAAGCUUGUUCUCUAUGCGGCUCACUCUCUCAUGUCCGUGCAAAAUGCACACAGAAACCAAAGGACGGAGCUCGUGGGAAGCAAGUCAGCUCGGAUGCUCAAGGUAGGAAAACCAGAAGGGGACGCUCCAAAGACAAACAGCACUGGGUUCAGAUCAACAACCCUCCAGGAGGGACUGCUACAGUCGUUGAUGUUCAAACUGGUGGUAAUACUACGACUGAAACGCCUUUGCUCCCCCCAGUAGGAAAUAAGGCUGAACCCCCUGCUACUGGUAAAUCGUUUACUGAAGUUGCUUAUCAGUCUAAACUCGGAACGGUGGAGGACUUGGUGGCUGGCGAAACCAGUGGUGCUGCUAAUCACUCCCCUCAGGCUAUCACUAGAAGAAACUCUGGUUUAUCUCGCUCCUCUCAAUCUGAUGUUCAGCCGGACUCCUCUGAUGUGGAAUCUUCAGACUCGGAACUAGAGGAAGGUGAAUUCAGUUCACUUGAGCCGGAUUUUGAGGUUGUUCGAAACAAGAAACGUCUCUCAGAGAUCUCCUCUCUUGUUUCGGUGCAGGGCCUGGACUCCAAGCCUUGGAUGCUUGUAGGUGACUUUAAUCAGAUAAGGGAGCCUGCCGAGCACUCCAAACCAAGAUCGCUCAACCUGGACAAAAGAAUGAGAGAUUUCAACCAGUGUCUACUCGAGGCUAAUCUUGAGGAUUUGAACUUCAGGGGCUCUUCCUUCACCUGGUGGAACAAACAGAAAAGCUCCCCUAUUGCCAAGAAGCUUGAUAGAUGUCUUGUGAAUGACGCUUGGUACUUUACUUUCCCAUCUGCGGUUGUGUUCUUUGGUAGUCCUGAUUUUUCAGAUCAUGCGGUGGCGGCUAUCUCACUGGAGCCAGACAGAGCCAGAGUAAAGAAGCCCUUCAGGUUUUACAACUUCCUCACCAAGAACCCACAAUUUCUGGUUAUGGUGUGCGAGAAUUGGUUCUCCUUCAACGUCAUAGGCUCGGCUAUGUUUAGAGUCUCUAAAAAGCUCAAGAUGUUGAAAAAGCAUAUCAAAGACUUUAGCCGACUUACCUACUCAGGCAUAGAGAGGAAAACAGAGGAGGCACACGAUAAGCUCUUGCAAGUGCAAGCAUCGCUAAUGAAUUCUCCUACUUCAGCGCUGGCGUCAGAGGAGCUAAAGGCUCUCAAGGAAUGGGAAGUGUUAGCCAAAGCAGAAACUGAAUUCUUUUUCCAGAGAUCAAGAGUUAACUGGUUAGAAUUUGGAGAUGGAAGCUCAAGACUAUUUCACAGAUAUGCUGCAACCCGACAAGCAAUUAACCACAUCCAUUUUCUCACAUCAGACGACGGACAACGUAUUGAUAGUCAGUCUGGCAUUGUUCAGUCCUGCGUCGACUACUUCUCGGACCUGUUGGGUAGCGCGUCUCCCCCUCCUAUGUUUGUACAAAGUGAUCUUGACCUCCUGUUCAACUUCAGGUGCUCUCAAGAUCAGAUUCAGGGUUUUGAGAAAAUGUUUACAGCGGAGGAUAUCAAGAACGCCUUUUUCUCUAUGCCAAGAAACAAAACGGGUGGCCCGGACGGUUACUCAGUAGAGUUUUACAUUGCUACUUGGGACCUGAUAGGUCCGGAAAUCACUGAGGCUAUCCUUGAAUUCUUCAGCUCUGGCUCUCUCCUCAAGCAAUGGAACACUGCAUCGCUUGUGCUUAUCCCGAAGAUUCCUAAUGCUUCUCAUCCAUCAGAGUUCAGACCCAUUUCAUGCUUGAAUACAGUGUACAAGGUCAUCUCAAAGCUACUGGCCUCGAGACUGAAGGAGAUCCUCCCACUGAUGGUUUCUAAGGCGCAAUCUGCUUUUUUACCGGGGAGGCUUUUGGCCGAAAAUGUUCUGCUUGCAACAGACCUUGUCAAUGGCUAUAACACUCAAAAUGUAUCUCCUCGAGGUAUGUUGAAGGUUGAUUUAAGGAAAGCUUUUGAUUGCAUCAGAUGGGACUUCAUAUUAGGCUCCUUGCGUGCUCUUGCUGUACCGGAGAGCUUCAUUCGAUUGAUCUCUGAGUGCCUCUCCACAGCUUCGUUCUCAAUAGCCAUCAAUGGAGCUUUGGGGGGUUUUUUCAACAGCUCGAGGGGUAUUCGUCAGGGUGAUCCCCUUUCACCUUACUUAUUUGUGCUUGGGAUGGAGUGUUUGUCGAGACUUCUUGCUUCUAGAUAUGAUUCAGGAGAUAUUGGUUAUCAUCCAAGAACAGAGCCGGUCAAGAUCUCUCAUCUCAUGUUUGCAGACGAUGUGAUGGUCUUCUUUGACGGAACAAGUAACAGCUUGCACGGCAUUGCUGAGUGUUUGGAUGAUUUCGCCUCCUGGUCUGGACUAACCAUGAAUGCUGCAAAGACUGAAAUCUACACGGCGGGCUUGGAUCAUCAUGAGACAUCAGCGGUGGCUGCGUAUGGUUUCACUAAAGGAACUUUUCCGGUGAGAUAUCUUGGGCUCCCUUUGAUAACCCGUAAGCUCAAAAUCUCUGAAUAUGCUCCGUUAAUUGCAAGACUGACAAAGUGCUUCAAUGCGUGGUCUGUCAAACUCCUCUCUUUUGCGGGUAGACUGCAGCUGUUGAAAACGGUCAUCUUUGGUAUCAUUAGCUUCUGGGUCUCAGCUUUUAUUCUUCCUAAGGGAUGCAUCAAGAACAUUGAAUCCCUAUGCAUCAGGUUCCUUUGGUCCGGUAACAUUGAGAGGAAAGGUAUUGCCAAGGUUUCUUGGGCUACGGUUUGUCUGCCUAAAGACGAAGGGGGUCUUGGCCUACGGAGCAUCUCUGUUUGGAACCAAGUCUUGUGUCUAAAAUUCAUCUGGAUUCUACUCACCAGCUCCUCCUCGCUUUGGGCAGAUUGGCAUCAUAGUGUACACAUUCAAAGCCAGUCUUUCUGGUCAAUAGAGCCUCUUCAAACUGAUUCCUGGGCCUGGAAAAGAUUGCUCAAGCUUAGACCUCUGGCCACUCAGUUCUGCAAAGGCGUCCUCGGAAAUGGUCAAGCGCUUAGUUUCUGGUACGAUGUGUGGACGCCCUUGGGUCAAUUGAUCACUCACAUCGGUUCUCAAGGUCCUCGAGCACUGCGGUUGAGGAAGGAUGCUGUGAUUGCUGAUGCUAUCAAUGAAGAUGUUUGGUACCUUCCACAUCCUCGUUCCCAAAAGGAAGUUGAUCUCCACUCUUAUCUUACCACUAUAACUCUUCCUUUGUCAAAUGAUAUUGCUGAUAGCUUUGAAUGGAUUACUGCUGACUCUUCUAUCUCUGUUUUUAAUUCUCGCAGUACUUGGGAGGCUAUCAGGCCUCGCCAGGAGAUACAACAAUGGCAUGAUGUGGUCUGGUUCAAAGGUGCUGUUCCUAAGCAAGCCUUUACCAUGUGGACGGCGAACUAUGAUCGCCUGCCAACGAAAGCAAGGCUCUGUUCUUGGGGCAUGCAAUUAUCACCUAUCUGUUCCUUUUGCGCCACUGCAAUAGAAAACAGAGAGCACCUGUUCUUAACCUGCGCUUACAGCUUUGAUGUUUGGAAGGAAGUCUUCAUCAAAUGUAGAUCAACUCCGACGCCUUUCAUUGACUGGGCAGAGCUACUCUCUUGGAUGCGAUCUCCUAGCUCUAAGAGACUGGUUCUACUCAGGAAAUUAGCUGCGCAAUCUGUGGUGUUUCAUCUAUGGAAACAACGAAACAACCUGAUUCACAAUCACACCUCCAUCCCGGCUGCCGGUGUGUUCAGGAUGAUUGACAAAGAAAUCAAGAAUAUUAUCUCCUCAAGGAGAAAGAAGAAAAGCUUCCGAAACCUUAUGACUAUGUGGAUGUGUUAA